AUGAGGACUUACCAUUGUCUACCAUUAUUCUUCUGGACCUAUGUGUUUCACACAGUGGACAAUACUCUGUUACAAGAGAAGGCUUACAGUCAUUUACCAAGCAAACAAAUAGUGAGUCUGAGCAAGGGUGAUGGGAAAAUGCUCCAUCGCACAAAGCGUGGCUGGAUGUGGAAUCAGUUCUUCCUGUUGGAGGAGUACACGGGUUCAGACACACAAUACGUUGGCAAGCUUCACACGGACCAAGAUAAAGGAGACGGAAAUUUAAAAUACAUAUUAACUGGAGAUGGGGCUGGCAGUCUCUUUGUUAUAGAUGAAAAUACAGGAGACAUUCAUGCUGCAAAGAAGCUAGACAGAGAAGAAAAAGCCUUGUAUAUUCUCCGGGCCAAGGCCAUCGACAGAAAGACAGGGCGGCAGGUGGAGCCGGAAUCGGAAUUUAUCAUCAAAAUCCAUGAUAUCAAUGACAAUGAACCGAAAUUCACAAAAGACUUGUACACUGCCAGUGUCCCUGAGAUGUCUGGCGUUGGUACAUCUGUCAUACAAGUGACAGCCACGGAUGCAGAUGAUGCCAAUUACGGAAACAGUGCCAAAAUUGUCUACAGCAUCCUGCAAGGGCAGCCAUACUUCUCCGUGGACCCAGAAUCAGGCAUAAUAAAAACUGCAUUACCAGACAUGAGCAGAGAAAAUCGAGAGCAGUACCAGGUGGUUAUUCAAGCCAAAGACAUGGGUGGCCAAAUGGGAGGUCUUUCUGGAACUACUACAGUGAACAUCACUCUCACAGACGUAAACAACAAUCCUCCUCGAUUUCCACAGAGUACCUAUCAGUUCAAUUCUCUGGAGUCUGUACCUCUGGGAACCCACCUUGGAAGGAUUAAAGCCAAUGACCCUGACACGGGGGAAAAUGCUGAGAUGAAAUACAGCAUUGCUGACGGAGAUGGAGCAGACAUGUUUGAUGUCAUCACAGACAAGGAUACACAGGAAGGGAUUAUCAUUGUCAAACAGAAUUUAGAUUUUGAAAAAAAGAUGCUGUACACAUUACGAGUGGAUGUGAGCAACACUCACCCCGAUCCACGCUUCUUGCACCUGGGGCCAUUUAAAGACACAGCCGUGGUUAAAGUGUCUGUGGAAGAUGCGGAUGAACCUCCCGUGUUCAGCAAAUUCUCUUACUUAAUAGAAGUUGAUGAAGACGUCAAGGAAGGCAGCAUCAUAGGACAGGUCACAGCAUAUGACCCAGAUGCCAUGAACAAUGUAAUCAAGUAUUCUGUUGAUCAGCAUACUGACCUGGACCGGACUUUCAGUAUCCACUCAGAAAAUGGCUCAAUUUUCACUCUGAAGCCUCUUGACCGAGAAUCUUCCCCUUGGCACAAUAUCACCAUCAUGGCCACGGAAAUAAAUAACCCCAAGCAAAGUAGCCACAUCCCUGUCUUCAUCAGAAUUUUAGACAUAAAUGACCAUGCGCCAGAAUUUGCCACAUACUAUGAAACAUUUGUUUGUGAGAAUGCAAAAUCUGGACAGCUGAUUCAAACUGUCAGUGUCACGGACAGAGACGACCCACCUCGAGGCCACAAGUUCUUCUUUGAACCGGUGCCAGAUGUUCCUCUUAACCCGAACUUCACCAUCGUAGACAAUAAAGAUAACACGGCGGGAAUCCUCACCCGUAAAGAUGGGUACAGUCGCACCAAAAUGAGCACCUACCUCCUGCCCAUUCUAAUCUUUGACAAUGACUACCCUAUUCAGAGCAGCACUGGCACACUCACCAUCCGCGUGUGCGCCUGUGACAAGCAUGGGAACAUGCAGUCGUGCAACGCCGAGGCCCUGGUCCUUGCUGCUGGCCUGAGCACGGGGGCCAUGGUAGCCAUCCUGCUGUGUGUGGUCAUUCUGCUCAUUUUAGUGGUGCUGUUCGCCGCGCUCAAGAGGCAGCGGAAGAAGGAGCCUCUGAUCCUGUCUAAGGAUGACGUCCGGGACAACAUCGUGACCUACAAUGACGAGGGCGGCGGCGAGGAGGACACGCAGGCCUUCGACAUCGGCACCCUGCGCAACCCCGAGGCCCGGGAGGACAGCAAGCUGCGGCGGGACGUCCUGCCCGACACGGUCUUCCAGGUACGGAGGACUGUCCCGCUGUGGGACCACAUCGACGUGCAAGACUUCAUCCACCGCAGACUGAAGGAGAACGACGCGGACCCCAGCGCACCGCCCUAUGACUCCCUGGCCACCUACGCCUAUGAGGGCGAAGCCUCCGUGGCCGACUCGCUCAGCUCGCUGGAGUCGCUCACCGCCGAUGGCAACCAGGACUACGACUAUCUCAGCGACUGGGGGCCUCGCUUUAAGAAGCUGGCGGACAUGUAUGGCGGCGAUGACAGCGACCGCGACUGA